AUGUCUGGAAAUAAAUCUAUCGAACAAAGGUCUUUAAUUUCUGUUAUUGGUGACGACGAUACUGUCACAGGCUUGCUUUUGGCAGGGACAGGUCAAGUCAACGAGGAAGGAAAGAAAAACUUUUAUAUUGUGAACCAAAAAACUACUGAUGAACAAAUCGCAAGUGUGUUUGAUGAUUAUACUACUAAGCGGUCAGACAUUGCAAUUGUCUUGAUUAAUCAAGUUGCUGCUAAUCGAAUUCGAGACAGAAUUGACAAGUAUGUUCAGGCAUUCCCUGCUGUGUUAGAAAUUCCUAGUAAAGACGAUCCCUAUGACCCCGAAAAAGAUAGCAUUCUUCGACGUGUUCGAAAGAUUGUAGGAGAAUAA